AUGGUCCAAAAUAAAGCGUGUGAUCUUUGUAGGCUGAAGAAAAUCAAAUGUAGUCGAGCCCAACCAAGGUGCCAGACUUGCACGCUAUUUCAAUCAGAAUGUCACUACUCAAAUCGUUCUCGUCGAAACAAGUUGGUUCAAAAAGACAAGGAAAGAAGUUUGCUAGACAUUUCAUUACCGAGUUCUCUUUACAGCUCUCGUAUUAGCGACGACAGUCCAGAAAUCAUUGACUAUUCAAUUUCUGUUAAACAACCUUCGACCGCAAAUAAAGUAAGUUGCAAGACAUGUACUGGUGAGCCUCGAAACGACAUAGAAAAGGUGCAUACCCGCCUUAAAUUUCUUGAAGAAAAGGUCGAUCUAUUGUUGGAUAUAGCCACCGAAAACUCCGAAGCCAAGAAUGAAAACAAGGUCAUUGAGCUCCCCUCUUUGAUUACUCAGAUUAGAAAUGCAGAAUCUAUUGUAUUCCAACAUAGACCAAAAAAUUUUAUGGAUGACUCACACCCUCAUAUUUUGAAUAUGGAAUGCUUAUUUCCACCUCUAUUACCUAGAUGGGAUAAUGCAUUUCAAGAGGUACCUAUGAGAGAGACUGCACUCGAGUUGAUUACAUCUUACUUCCAGCAUGUUAAUUGGUGGUGGCCUACAUUCAUAUUAGAUGACUUCAUGUACGAGUUUGAGAGCUUUUAUCUGUAUGGGUUUCACACUAAUAAUGCUUGGCUAAUCUCUUUCUAUUCAAUUCUAGCCCUUAGCUGCAUUCGAAAAAGGCUCAAUUCUUCAAAGAAACUUUCGGAGGCUUUUUUUUCAACUGCCUGGGUAUAUGCCCAAAAUUUCGAUUUCUUCCUUUCUCCUCAAAUCGAUAAAGUACAAGCAUUGAUUGUAAUGACUCAGUAUGCUGCCUAUCUAUCUGAUUCUUCUUUAUGUAGGGCUUUGUGUGGUCAGGCUUGCCUGAUGGCCCAACAAUUAAAUUUACACAAAAAGCCAUCUGACUCUUUGAAGCCAGAAAUAAAAGAAUCCUAUAAAAGAAUUUUUUGGAUGUGCUAUAUUUUAGACAAAAACAUAUCGUUGGUUUUUGGGACGCCCUCAGCCUUUCAUGACAACGAUAUAAACUGUGAACUACCGGACAGUAAGUUUGAACAUUUAUUUGGUGUGCACAAAGGAGGAGAUUCAAUAUUCAUUCCUACGGUAUCAUUGACAAUAAUUCAAAGUGAGAUCCGAACUCGACUGUACAGUGUAAAAUCUCCUAAGCAAAUGGCAGCAAGGGAGAAAUUUGUCUCUCCCAUACAUCAAAAACUGAUACAAUGGGAAGAAAGUCUACCAAACGAGAUAAAGUUGUUUCAAGAAAUGUUAUUGAACAAUAAAUUUUCCUUAAGUAUAUCACAAAGUGAUCGGUUUGAAUAUUUGACUUUUGCAGUAAUGGAAGUCUCUUUUUCCUAUUUAAAUACUAUAAUUGUGUUACAUAGUUCAUGUUCUCAGAAAGAAAAUCAACAACUAUGCAUUAAAGCAGCACGUGAAGCGGUUAAACUUUUGAAAAGCAGGCUCAAUGUCGAUCUCAGGAUCAACGUUAAAGCAGAUCCUUUAUGGAUGUUUCUUUAUUGUCCUUUUACACCAUUUCUUGUGAUAUUUGAUAAUCUCUUCCUUGACACAGAAAUGGACUCAGAGACAUUACUAAGUGAUUUAGAACUUUUGCAUGUCAUAUACGACUUCUUUCUAGAAAUGGGGCCGAUCAGCAGAGUGGCCUUGAAACUCGUUACAAUAGUUGAGAAGUUUCUAAAAGUCGCAAAAGAAACCUUUUGCGCAAAAAACUCCAAUAUUACAGAGACAGCUAUUAAAGACACCGUUGAAGGGUUCGAACUGGACGACUUUAACAAUUGGGAUCUCGACGGGAUAUCCAGUUUGUUGAGAAAUUUCUAG